GGAAAAGAGAGAGUGAGGGAGAGAGAGCGCGAGCGCUUGAGCCUGGCAUUUCUUCCCUGUGCCUUUCAGCUCCUCUCCCCCUGAAGAAGGAGGCGUGUCCAUUGGCCAGCAGUAUAAAAUCCAAGAGGAACCACUCGUGUAGAGCCAUUCUCAGGAGCAACCCAUUGCACUGCACCCCAUAUGGACGAAGAAAUUGCUACUCAACUUGAAAAACUUGACGCCCCUUCCGUACACCUGGACAUUGGCAAACCACAGACUUUUCUCUUUGCAUUAUAAAAGGCUUCAGGGGCUCUGUGUGAAUUCUUCUUGAAGGGAGAAAGACUCACCUAAAUAGACCAGUGGACAUUUGUUCUACUUCCCAACAAAUAACCACUUUGUGCGACUCAAAGACUUAAAGACUUUCGUCGCAUGGGAGAGCAAGGACUAGAUAUUUAACAUUCUUUGAUCAACCUGCAUUCUUUUUCCAACCUCCCAAACAUCCUAGGGCUAGGAAAUCAAGCCUAAGAAACAGUGAGGUAAAACAGCGGGGACAUUGUGUUCCAACUCCUGCCAAAACCCCUGCCACCCGAAACACCAACCAGCAGGCAACAUCAAAGACCAAACCCUCCAACCGCCUCCCUCCCAUUCCUUACCCUCCAAAACUAAAGCAGAGACCAAACAGUUGUGGGUGAGAGAGCAGAGAAACAGAAGGAAUACUAACAAACAAACUGCAGGAAGUGCAAGAGAAAUCGAGGGCAAAGAUUUGAGAUCACGCCUUCGGGACUGCCAUGGUGCGAGGUGGCGGUGCGGCUAUAGCGCCGCCCUGCUGGGGCCUGUGGGCGGUGGGCGCCCUUUCGCUGGCGACCCUGUGUCUGACGGAGGAGGCCAUCCGCUGCCCCGUGUGCUCCGAGGAGCGGCUGGCCAGCUGCCAGCUGCCUGAUGGCAGCUGCGAAGAGACGGUGAGGGAGGCGGGCUGCGGCUGCUGCCCCACCUGCGCCCUGGCCAAGGGGGUGCACUGCGGCGUCUACUCGCCCCGCUGCGGCACCGGGCUCCGCUGCUAUCCGCCACGGAACGUGGAGAGGCCCCUCCACUCGCUCAUGCAUGGCCAGGGAGUGUGCACCGACGAGAGGGAUGUGGAAGAGAACUCAGCGAUGGACAGGCACGAUGAGACCAUCCCUGAGCACCCCAACAACAGCAACAUCCGCUGCAGUCCCCAGGACAAGCGCUGCAUCCAGAAGACCCUGGCCCGCCACCCCGCCAAAUCCACCAACCAGAGAAGCAACAACGCCAGGGAGGACCCAAAAGCUGCCCUGGCUCCAUGUCGUGCUGAGCUGCAGAGAGCGCUGGACCGACUGGUGUCCAACACUCGCACCCAUGACGAUCUCUACAGUAUCCCCAUACCCAACUGUGACAAGAACGGAGACUUCCAUGCCAAGCAGUGCCAGCCAGCACGUGACGGGCAGCGGGGAAAGUGCUGGUGUGUCGACCAGAAGACGGGCAUGAGGCUGCCAGGGCCCGUGGAGCUGCGGGGGGAACUGGACUGCCACCAGCUAAUAACUGUACCUAUGAGAGAGUGAGGAGGGGACCGGCGGGGGCCCUUGGGGGCCAGGGCUAGGGCUUAGGGCCAGCCAAAUUCUACUGGUGCUGUUUAGUUACAACUAUGGAAGGAAAGGACUUAACCCUAAAGCCCCACUUCACGUGAGGCUAACGGUACUUGCUUGAUAUGAAAAAGAUAAAAGGAAACCAUAUAAUUUUGCUAUUUUACUAUUGUUUGUUUUCGUGUGUGAGCGUAUGUCUGUAUGCAUCUUUUUGAGCACAUGUGUGUAUUUUACGUUUCUGUGAAGUUAGGCAGAUGCUCUUGCUUUAAAUAACAGGUGGCAAACAACAGACCCCCGAAUAAAAGUGUUGUAAACAUUCUUCUCAAAACAAGACAACAUUGGUUUAGUGUAGUCUAGUUGAACUCUGAUUUCCAUCUCUUAGCCUCUUUGAAACAAAAAACAGAAAAUCUUUACACAUGAGUUAAGUGUCCUAACAUGACUCACCAUCGACCAUUCAGCAGCAGCUGUGGAAAAUAAUGACUAUUGGGAGUGUGUAUGAGAGAGAGAGAGAAUUACCAAUUGAUGAUAAGCCGCAGCUUUUCACAACACUUGGAGACAUGAAGUGAAAAGAGAGAUUACUUUUGAAAGAAUAAACUGUACCUCUGAGAGGAGCCCAGAAUAGAUGUGCUUUACCGCUAUCCCCCUCUCUACGCUCCCUCCUCUCCACUUCCCCCCUUCUCUUUGACUGGGAGCUCUCUCUCUCUCUGGCUUAUUUGUCCAGGGGGACUGGCAUCAUAGCUGGGCUCAGGACUCUGUACAACGCUGAUAGGAUAAUCUUGUUUCUCCAGCUGGGGCUGAAGUACUAAGACGCCAGUGCUGCUGCUCUCAUGUUUGUAUGAAUAUGCUUCUAUAUACAGGAUUUAUUUCUAACCAAGAGACUGCUUGUUGGCAGUAUUGUGUCGUUUAUAGUGGUGCUAUACACUCAUUGUGCCAAAAAAAAAGACGUUUUUUUUCUUCUCCUGUGCUUCUUGGGGGAUUGUUUUUAGAAGGAGACAGAGAUACAAACUUCCAGAUGAGGGGGGCGAUCUUAGAAUAGCAUAGAUGUGUGACUGACCACAAAUACGGUCUAGUUGUCACACAAAUAUCUCCAAGUUUUUAUACUGCAUUGAUGAAAUAAAACAUACAAGUAAAUACACGGAUCUAAGUGGGAGCAUUACUGUAGUUCACCCGCCUGACUGUUUCAUGGACUAAUGUAGUGUGACUUUGCAUGAUUGUAGCACGUGUGGCUCGUGACAACUUCUCGAAAAAAACACGCUCUAGACAGCCUCUGUAAUGGCUAGCUGGCUGAAACGUUCGGAGAAAACGCCAGACGUCUAUAUAAUAACAUUAGAAACCUCACAGAGAGGUAGCAUCAUGCUCAUACAUGGACUCCCUCCAGUAUAAGUGAACACCUUUGACUUGUACUCUGGCAGAGCCAGUUAUCAGGUUUGACGUCAUCGAUGAAGCAGUAUACGAGCCAAGGAAUCAUUGAUUUGUAUUAUUAUGUUGACAAACUCCCCUAGUGCAUCAUACUCCUACAUACCUUCCACAUACACUACAUGGACAAGACUGUUAACAUCCCUACAGCGAUUUGAUUGUACUGUAUUGCAAACGGGUGGAAAAGAUCGGUGAUGGGUUCCCUCGGGCUGUGAUCUAUGAUGUGAUUGGUUGAUUGACCGACUCAGGCGUAACCUGUGGACCACAGGGAGUGUAGGAGAGAAGACGGCCCUUGAACACAGGACAGUCUGAUCAGUAAGUUCAGCGAGAUCGGUCGUUUGUCAUUUCUAGAAAUGGAUAGUGCACUUAAUCCCCCUGAGAGAGUUGGGUUACUAAUUGACUCCAGGGAGGAUUCAUCUCGCCGGGACAUUCAUUAUUGGUGUUAACAGUACACUGGCACAGUUAGCUUCCUGUAGAGCGAGGCGAGGGGACAGGGCCGAGAGGGUAAACCAGACGGACGUGGGCAGCAGUUGUCCUGCUUCCUCUUUCAAGAACUGAAAGAAGAGUGCACGACAGGUUGUCCAAAAAACGGACUCCUACAAAUGAUAGGCAGCUCUUUUUGUCAGCAGAGAUGUGAGUAGAUCGACUAGAGGGAGAGGGAGCAGAGACGGUGUGAGUGACAGCGAGCCGAGGAGUUCCAGCUACAUUUGUGUCGCAACUGAUUUGCUCUCACAAAGCCACAUUGUGUCCGUAAGGCACACAGCUUUUACCAUUCACUCUCUCUCUCUCUCACAUACCCCUCUGGUUUGACAGAGGAGCCUAGAAGUCAUUCAAGGGCUUUCCUCUGGCUGUUAUCCAGAGCAGCAGAGCACAUACUGUAGCAAGUCCAACUAAGCCCAACAUAGCAAUGCCCUUCAACACGGUUGUGCUGUGAUUGCUGCCAUGGGGUAGUACAUCCUGGGACAGAAACAUCUCAUUUCAUUAGGAAACAUUGAACAUUCACACCUCCCUGCCUGGGGACAAGGUAGAUAGAAAACCCGCUGUGCUACAUUACCAUUCAGAAUCACAAUAUCAAAGAUAUUUGGGUCGAUGUGUGACAUGACCUGACAUGAGGCGGGCCAAAGAUAAUUAUUGCGGACUUAGCCAACUGUACUGUAUCUGUAACUUGCUUCCUUGUAAAAAAAUAAAAUAAUAAAAAUAAUUUUAAAAACUGCCAAAGUUAUCCAAAGGGUCAAUGGGGAUAUUGCAUGGUAAUAGUGUUGUAGUUUACUUAGCAGUCCCCCCCAGUAGGCUGUCAUUGUAAAUACGAAUUUGUUCUUUACUGACUUGCCUGGUUAUAUAAAAAGUAAAACAAAGUAAUAUCCUAGAACAUUCCAUUUCUGUGCUACUGUAGAUAUUAUCUCUAGGUAAAGUAGUGCUAUGUUACAAGUCAAUGGUCCUGGUUUUCCUUUUGGAUCCAAGACCUUCAGUGUUUAAUUUACAUUCAACUGUGUAUACCUACACUAUAUUACUUGAUCUCUAACUUUUGCUCUACUGUAUUUUGUAUUUCUGAGGGAUAUUCCUGUUUGCCUUGGACUUUACCUGUUAAUUCUACCGUAAAAAAGAUUCAAGAUAACUUUAGCACGUGUAGCCUAACUAUAUACUGGGUUUAAACAUGGCGAGAUCUUGUAUGUGUGGUCCAGAACAGGGCCAUGCUUUAGCAACAUUGAAGAAAACACAGCAAGAAUGUGUGCUUGUUACAGAAUAAUGAUUUGGUUACCUUAGAAAUGUUUACUCUAUGAGAGAAUUGUAUACAAUGUAUUAGAUCCAAUGAAAUGAUAAACGUGUAGCAUCUGA